UAAGCUGCGUCACGUUGCUGGAGGGGAGGAAGGAAUACUAAUGGUGGCAGGCAGCUGAUUUUUGUCGGUGAUUAAAGGGAUAUACAGCUGUUGACGAUACUGUUUAAUUGAAUUUCUUCAGUUAGUACAACUUUAAUUUUGCCAGGAACCCUCAACAUGUUGCAACGGAGCACCACCUGGCUGUUUUGUGUUCUUUUUCAAAUCUUGGCAGCGGUUUCGCAGGGAUUCGGCGAGUUUGAGUCCGUCAGUGUCGGCGCUCCCAUAAACGGGGACCGCUUCAAGAUCGAAGGCCGGUGCGUCGUGCCGGGUGUCAAAGCACAAGACUGGGUCUCUACAGCACGAGUCCUAGUCGAGGGCGAAGACCACGUCGGCUUUUUAAAAACCGAUGGAAGUUUUGCUGUCAAUGAUGUCCCCUCGGGUUCCUAUGUAGUAGAGAUUGUGUCACCAGCAUACAAGUUUGAACCAGUUCGAGUGGACAUUACAUCAAAAGGCAAAAUAAGGGCCAGAAUGGUUAAUUUCAUUAAAACAUCUGAAGUAGUGCGGCUGCCUUACCCACUGCAGAUGAGAUCCUCUGGCCCACAUUCCUAUUUCAAUAAGCGUGAAACGUGGGGGUGGACAGAUUUCCUCAUGAACCCAAUGGUUAUGAUGAUGGUCCUUCCAUUACUGAUUAUCGUCUUGCUGCCCAAGGUGGUCAACACCAAUGAUCCUGAGAUGCGACGGGAGAUGGAGCAAUCUAUGAACAUGCUGAACCCUAAUCCCGAGUUACCUGAUGUGUCUGAAUUCAUGACCAAACUCUUCUCCUCCAAGGGCUCUGGCAAGUCGGGAAACAGCAUUAAAGCAGGAAAAAGUGGGCAAUUGAAGAGGAGGUAGUUCCUUGAAACUAGGAACGUAAAUGCACAGAAACACUGCCUGGCAUGACGUUAUUUAGUUUGUUUUAUAUUCCUCCUUUUUUCUGUGUUUGUGGUUUUUUUUUUUUGUUUGUUCUUUUGUUGAGACUAAAAGCAAAUUCAAGUCUCUUUGUGUAGAUCUGUUGCAGUACAAGUUAGAGAAGCUAAUGAUGCUAGGAACAGCUCCAGUAUACACCCCUCCAGUAAAUAAAUGAAUUGCUUACAGUAUAAACCA